AUGACUACAGCAAUAGAUUGGGAUAAGCCGGGGAAAUACCCCGUCGUGCUCAGCGACGCCUUGCUUGGAAAAUCUACCAACAAUACAUAUACUGGCAUAAGAUACAAUCACAAACCUGAUCCCUCUAUCGGAGCCCCCGCGAACUCAGCACAGCUGAAGCCCUCUUCCGAUCCCAAUUCUGCGAAUUACGAUCUCUCUCUUUCAGAUAACAAUGAUGAUUAUUCAUAUACCGGAGCUCGAACAUCCGGCGACGGUCAAUUUAUACUUACAUUCGAUCCUGUUAGAAAGGUCUUGGUUUUGGAUCGCAUUGAUUCCACAUUCGAUAUGAACUUGACGAGCGCACCAUGGGCUGAUGACGUCGCUCAAUUGCAAUCUCAAUAUGAGCAGCUAGAGCCACCGACGAAGGCUAUCAUUGAGGAACCUCAACCUAAAGUACCACAAAAGAAGGCUCCAAAAUCAAAGGCUCCAGCAGCAACAAAAGCGAAACCUGCUCCUCGUGCGAAGGCAGAGAAGGCGCAGAAGCCCAAACCACCACCGCGUGAACCAACGCCCGAAGCAGAAGAAGAAGAUUCGGAUGAUGGUUUCACGGUUGAAUUUCCAGAUGGGCAGAGCUCGCAUCAACAAUAUGAGUACAGGGCACCGAUUUUUCAAAGAGAGCCAAGCGAAGAAAUUAGUGAUGAAGAUGAGGAUGCAGAUGCAGAUGCAGAUCACGAUGGAAUCUAUGAACAAAAUCAGGAUGUUGAUCAUUUCAAACUACCUAGUCCAGUCAAUAACCCUGGAGUCAUGGGUGAUCAAGAUGAAAUGGAUCUGGAGGCUGAUCUGGAGGCGGAAAUGGAAAAAGCGCUGCUGAUGCAGGAAGAAAGUGAUGAAAGUGAAGAGGAAUGA